AUGGCCUGUUCGUUUUUCCCCGGAUACGAUGGCCUUGUCCAUAAUUCCUCCAAUCCUGACCCUCUUCCUUUGGACCUUCUAACUUUCCAUUUCCUUCGCCUUCGCCAACCCUCACCGAAACAACUAGACCCAUCUAUUCUUUUUUUAUUUCCUUAUCUUAAACCUUCUUUCUUUCUUUCUUUCUUUCUUUCUUUCUUUCUUUCUUUCUUACUUUUUCCAUUCAAACCGCCAUCUUUCCUAUCUUUCUUCGUAUUUAUCUAUUAUUUUCUACAUUUUUAUUUCAUUCUAUCUUUCUUUGUUUUUUCUCUUCAAACCCACCUUCUUUCUUUCUUUUCUUUCUUUUCUUUUUUCUUUCUUUCUUUCUUUCUUUCUUUCUUUCUUACUUUUUCUCGUAUUUUCUCUUCAAACCGCCAUCUUUCUUUCUAUCUUUCUUCGUAUUUAUCUAUUAUUUCAUCUACAUACUACCAUAUUUCAUUCAUAUCUUUCUUUGUAUUUCUCUUAUUUUCUCUUCAACACAACCUUCUUUCUUUCUUUCUUUCUUUCUUUCUUUCUUUCUUUCUUUCUUUCUUUCUUUCUUUUCUCUUCAAACCAGUUUCUUUCUUUUUGAUUCUAUUAUUUUCUUUUUUAUUUUAUCUUUCUUUGUAUUUUUUAUUUUCUCUUCAAACUUUUUUUUUUUAUUCAGUUUCUUUUGUAUUUUUUCGUCUUUUUUCUUACUUUUUACUUUUUAUUUUUUUGUAUUUCUCGUCUGUUCCCUACAAACCACUAUCUUCCUUUAUUUUUAAACAAUUUUCAUUGUUUCUAUCUUUUUUCAUUUUCUUCCUCUUUCAAUUUUUUUUUCCAUUUUUAACAUCUUUUUCUUUUGUGUUCCAUUUUUAUAAAAUUUCAUUCUUUCUUUUCAAUCAAUUUCUUUAUGUUUAUUUCUUUCCGAUUUUAUAUUUUUCUUUUCUUUGUGUGUUUCUCUCUUUCUUUAUUCUUCAUAUACAUUUUAUGUUUUUAUUUCUUUUCUACGAACUUCUUCUUUUCAGUUUUAUGUCUUUAUUUCUUUUGAUGCCCUUCCUUCUCACUUUUUCUUUCUUCAUGUGUAUCUUUCUUUUUUCUUUUCUCAUUAUUCUAGCUACUCCUCCUUGUUCAUUUUCUUUCAUUCUUUCUUCUAUCAAUAACCAUUAUUUCACUUUCAUUCUUUCUACCAAUAAGCAUUAUUUCUUUAUAUAUUUAUUUCUUCUGGCAAUAUCCACUCCUCCACACUUUUUUUCUUUUUUAUUUUGA